CAGAUAUACUUCCACUCUAAUUUAGAUUAUACAAAAAUAAAAAAUAAACAUGUUUUAGACAGUAAAUUACCAUCUAAGUUCUGAAUUUUUUGUUUUUAAUCAACAAAUAUUAGAAACAAACUUGUUCACAAAAAAAAGAACAUAUAAAAACUUUCCGUAGUUUUGAGUACAUUUCCAGUUUAAAUUGAACGUUUAAUAAAAUAAGUUCGCUCCAAAGUGUGUGAAAUGAUUGCUGUUACGGUAUUUGUGGCGUUGAUAACGUGGGCGAUAGUAAAAUAUGUUUUGCAUAUGCGACACACAGAAAGUUAUGUGAAAAAUUUAAAAUUUGUAACACCUUUUGUUCCAUUUUUUGGUAACAUACUUACGUUGAUUAGAAUUUCGGGUGACAAUGCUGAAACAUUCUCUGAAUUAUUUGAGACUGUAAAACGGCAAGAGACUCCAUUAAAAUCAUACAUUGGCCAUGAAUUAAAUAUUAUUUUAGAUAAACCAGAAGAUGUGAAAACGAUUCUCACGUCACCAAAUUGUCUCGAUAAACCGUUCAUGUACAACUUUUUCCCAUAUAAACAUGGACUGUUAAAUGAAAGAUCGGGUAAGCGUUGGAAACCGAUCCGCAAACUGUUCAAUCCGAUGUUCAAUUUGAAAAUGUUGCAGUCAUUCAUACCAAUUUUCAACGAGAAAACAAGAAAGCUAGUAAAACAGCUUGAAAAAGAGGUUGGAAAUCGAAAAGGAUUUGAUAUAGAGCAUUAUGUAGGUGCCUGCAAUUUGGAUUCGAUUUGUACCACCAUUAUGGGUCUCGACAUUGAUUUGAAUUCUAGUGGAGGAAAGGAGUUCAUACGCAGUUUUGAUAACAUUCAUAAUGUAGUCGCGAGGCGGAUAGCCAGUCCCUGGACAUAUUUUGAUUCAAUUUAUCGCUGGACAAAUUUGUACAAAGAAGAAGAAAAAGAAGUGUCCGCUAUGCGUUUUCUAACCAAUAAGGUCUUUGAUGAAAAAACCAGAGCCCAUUUGGCUCUUGAGAAUAAUAAUCCACCAGAAAGUCUCGAUUGCGGUUCGAAAAGAGCACAUCUUCCAAUUAUUCCGUUGUAUUUUGAAGGAAAACUGAGCGAGGAAUUGGUGAAACAACAAAUCGAAACAUUUUUGGGUGGGGGGUAUGAAACAACUGCCUUAAUUACGUCUUUUACCAUUCUUACACUUAGCAUGCAUCCGCAUAUACAAGAACAAGUAUUCGACGAAUUGCAUUCGGUGUAUGAGACUCAAGAUGAAGAGACAACCUAUGAACAUAUCCGAAAAUUGCAUCUUCUAGACCGUGUUAUCAAGGAAACUAUGAGACUCUUACCUCUGGCUUGCUUACUCUUACGCACUACCACUGCCGAGAUACCAAUCAGCAAAUGUACACUUCCAAGAGAUACUUCGAUUAUUAUAUCAGUCUUCACAAUGCAUCGGAGAAAAGACAUUUGGGGCGAUGACGCGAAUGAUUUCAAUCCCGAUCAUUUUCUGCCGGAGAACGUUGAGAAGCGGCAUCCCUUUGCAUUUGCGCCGUUCAGUUUGGGUCCUCGUAACUGCAUUGGUCAUCAGUAUGCAAUGUUCUCAAUGAAAGUGAUGCUGUCGACCAUAUUGCGCAAAUUCAAAUUCAGCCCAGUGAAAUUAAUGAAAAUGUCAGACCUAAAAUUAACAUUUGAAAUUACGCUGAAGUUGGUGGACAAGUACUUGGUGACAGUAUCACCGCGUAAUUGCAAUAAACCGGAAGAUGUGAAAGAAAUUCUCAUGUCAUCAAAUUGUUUUGAUAAGCCGUUCAUGGCUGAAUUCUUUCCAUUUAAAAAUGGAAUUGUCAUCGAAAGUUCUGGUGCACGUUGGAAACCACUUAGAAAAUUGUUGAAUCCUGAGAGACGAGGUCGGAGGACCAGAGUUUUUGAGGAAAAUAUCAAAGUGCAUUUGGCUGCAAAGUGUGAUAAUCCGUCUGGAAAUUCCGAAUAUCAAUGGAAUAAGGCGCACCUUCCCUUCAUUCCGUUGUAUAUCGAGGGAAAAAUGACCGAAGAAUUAGUUAAACAGCAAAUUGAAUCGUUUUUGAUAGCUGGAUAUGAGACAACAGGUUCUGCUACGGCUUUUGCCAUUUUGGCGCUAGCCAUGCAUCCGCACAUACAAGAACAAGUCUUCAAAGAAUUACGCUUGGUCUAUGAGAGUCAAGACGAAGAAACCACUAAUGAACAUAUACAAAAGCUGCAUCUUCUAGACCGUGUUAUCAAGGAAACUCUACGACUAUUUCCAACUGCGCCAAAUCUUUUGCGAUCAACCAGUGAUAUGGUAUCAAUCAGCAAUUGUACACUUCCAAAAGAUACUUCGGUUAUAUUAUCAAUCUUUACAAUGCACCGGAGAAAAGAUGUCUGGGGCGAUGCAGAGGAAUUCAAUCCAUAUCAUUUUCUACCGGAGAACGUUGAGAAGCGACAUCCGUUUGCAUUUGUGCCAUUUGGCGUGCUAAUGACGUGGGCUAUAGCUAAAUACAUUUUGAGAAUGUAUAAUUACGAAAGAUAUGUAAACCAUUUGAAAUUUAAACGACCAUUUUUUCCAUUUUUUGGAAAUAUAUUUUCAUUUGUUGGAUUGUCUCCAGCUGAAUUAUUCAGUGAAUUUGUUCGAUUUGCAACCGAAAGUGAAACUCCAUUAAAGACAUACAUCGGAUCGCAACUGGUUAUAACCUUAGAUAAGCCCGAAGAUGUGAAAGCUGUUCUCAUGUCGCCAAAUUGCCUCGAUAAGCCAUUUGUCUAUGAUUUUUAUCCAUCUCCAAACGGGAUAAUAACACAAAGAUCGGGAGCCAAAUGGAAACCAGUUCGUAAAUUGUUAAAUCCAAUGUUCAAUUUGAAGACAUUGCAAUCAUUUAUACCAAUUUUUAAUGAGAAGACGAAGUACCUUGUGAAAGAGCUGGAAAAAGAGGUUGGAAAAUCAGCUUUUGACAUCAUGACAUAUGCAGAAGAUUGUACAUUGGACGAAAUUUGUUCUACGGUAAUGGGGCUUGAUAUCGAUUUGAAAUCUAACCAAGGAAAGGAAUUUAUCCACAGCAUGUCUGCUGUUUUUGAUAUUAUCGUGCACCGAUUUACCAGGCCAUGGAUUCACUACGAUUUCACUUAUCGAUUUACAAAAUUAUACAAAGAGGAACGAAAACUACUGGAAAACAUAAGAAAUUUAACGAAUCUGGUUUUCGAUGAAAAGAUCAAGGCUUUUGAAUCAAACAAUGGCCGUUCCUGCAGAGAUGAUAAAUAUCUUUCGAAGGGACCUCACAUGCCACUUAUAGAGCUAUUUAUUGAAGGAAAACUCAGCGAAGAAAUGGUCAAGCAACAAAUUGAAAUAAUUAUAAUGGCUGGUUUUGAUACAACCGCAACAACUACCGCUUAUGUAACUUUAAUGUUAGCAAUGCACCCACAUAUUCAAGACCAAGUUUUCAAAGAGUCACAGAUGAUUUUCAAGGCACAAAACGAAGACAUAACUUAUGAACAUAUUCAAAAAAUGAAUAUUCUAGAUCGCGUAAUUAAGGAAACAAUGCGCCUAUUUCCAGUGGCUGCAUUGACGUCCCGUGUAUCUACUAAUGAGGUAUCGAUUAGCAACUGCGUUCUACCAAAAGAUACGGUGUUUGAAGUCGCAAUUUAUACAUUGCAUCGGAGGCGAGACAUUUGGGGCGAUCACGCGAAUGAAUUUAAUCCAGAUCAUUUUCUGCCAGAGAACGUUGAGAAGCGGCAUCCAUUCUCGUUUCUUCCAUUCAGUGGUGGUCCUCGUAACUGCAUUGGUUAUCAGUACGGAAUGUUUUCUAUGAAAAUCAUGUUAUCGGCUAUUUUGCGACACUAUAAAUUCAGCACCGAUCUAAAAAUGUCAGAACUUAAGACCAAAUUUGAAAUUCUCCUAAAACUUGAGAAUAAACACAUGGUUAAAAUUGAAAGACGCAAUUGGUCCAAUUGAAUGUUUAGCAUUGUGUAAACUAAG